GAAGAGGGAGCAGAGGGUGGAGCAGGUGAACGGGGCUCUGGACCGGGCGGCGGCGUCCAAGCGGUCGGGCUCGCCGGCGGGGGAGGCGGACCCGGGCGCGGUGCGACUGGACGGCGUCCCCGGCGGGGCGGGGCUCCGGAUGGCGGUGGCGCAGGUGCGCCUCCUGGAGAGGCGGACCAGCAGCCGGCCCGGCACGCCCACCUCCAGCGCCUCCACGGACACGCCCACGCCGUCGGAGCCCAACGAGGACGAGGACCUGCUGGACGAGGACGAGGCGCCCGGCUCGGAGCCCGAGAGCGCCCCCCCGCGCCUCAAGAGGCCCUUCCAGCUGCUCAUCGCCGCCGCCAUGGAGAGGAACCCCACCCAGUUCCAGCUGCCCAACGAGCUCACCUGCACCACCGCGCUGCCAGGCAGCAGUAAGCGUAAGAGGAGGGAGGAGAUGACGGGGAAGAACGUGAAGAGGCCGCAGCAUGAGCUGGAUCAUAACGGGCUGGUCCCCUUACCAGUGAAAGUGUGCUUCACCUGUGGCAGGAGCUGCAGAGUGGCCCCCCUGAUUCAGUGCGACUAUUGCCCCCUGCUCUUCCACAUGGACUGCCUGGACCCGCCUCUCACUGCCAUGCCGACAGGCAAGUGGAUGUGCCCCAACCACAUGGAGCAUGUUGUGCUGAGUCAGAAGAACAUGACCUUGAGCAACCGCUGCCAGCUGUUCGACCACUUCCAGGACCGCAUCUCCCAGCAUGCCGUGAAGGUGGACUUCCUGCGGCGGGUCCACCGGCAGAACCCGCCCAACCGCCGCGGCGCCCACCCGCACAGGAAGAGGACGCUGAAGGUCCCCGAGGCUAUCAAGGCCCAGUACAAGUGCCCCCCCCAAAUGCUGGCCCCCGCAGGGAUCCGUGACGGGGAACUGAUCUGCACGGGCGUUCCGGAGACCCCCCAAACCCCCCCCACGGAUACCCCCCACGCAGCCAGCGAGACGGAGCAGCAGGAGUGGCUCCGUGAUGUCAUCACGCUGCAGUGCAGCAUCAUGAGGCAUCUGUCCUGCCGGAGGGGCGUGGCCUCACACUGGGAGUCCGAGCCGCCCGAAAAGGCCGACGUGAAGCCGUGCGUGGCCCCCGCCGCCCCCCCCGCGGUGUGCAGUACCCACACCGACCCCCAGGGGGCGCCCGAGGAGCGGGCGGGGUGCGGCUCCUGCGCAGGCAGGCACUGCCAGGGCUGCCGAACCGCCAACGGGCCCACGGAGGAGACGGCCAGGGCCAACGGGCCCCUCCCCCGCGGCCCCUCCCCCGAAUCCGCCAAACCCUCCCCCGCGGCCCAGCACCGAGCGACCGCCCCCUCGGGCCCCGCCCGGCCCUGCUCGCCCGGCUCCGUCCCCGGGCCGCCCGUCAAUCACGUGGGCGGAGCCGCGAUCAAGACGGAGAACAGCUCCGCCUGCGGACAGAAGGGCCCCGCCUCCCCCUCCCCGGCCCCCGCCCAGAACGCGUGCGCCGUCGUCUCGGACCCGGGGCCGCCCCCCCAGGGCUCGGCGGGGGGCCAGGCGGCCGCGCUGACCAGCCGCAGCGUCUCCUCCCCCCCCGCCGCCACCCGGGCCCUCACCCCACCCCGAGCGCCCCAGGACGCCGCCGCGGCCAGGCUGGCCUCCCCCACGCCCCCGUCAGACGGCAAGGCCAGUCCGCACGCCGUGUCCCCCGCCACGGGAGGCCUGUUCAGCGGCGUGAAGGGCGUCGCGGAGGGAGACGGAGAGUUGGAGCUGUCUAAUCUGGAUGAGAGGUUAAUCAAACUCCUGGCCUGGCAGAGGAUCCAGCAGCUCCUUCCCCCCAAAGCCCGUCCCACCCAGACCGCCUGCUUGACUCCGCCCCAAACCGCCAGCACUACCGCCGCCUCCCCGGCACCGUCACCCCCGCUCAGCGAAGUGCAAAAGUCGGAGGUGCAGGCGAGAGCGGUGUUCUACCCGCUGACAGGAAGGGGCAGAGUCGUGAACAUGUGCUACAGGACCCUUUACAUCGGGACAGGAGCCGAUAUGGAUGUGUGCCUUACAAACUACGGUCAUUGCAAUUUUGUGUCGGGGAAGCACGCCUGCAUCUUCUAUGACGAGAACACGAAACAUUACGAGCUGCUAAACUACAGCGAGCACGGGACCACGGUGGACAACGUCCUGUACUCCUGCGACUUCUCCGAGAAGAGCUCGCCGGGCCCCGCCGGGGGGGUGGUGUCCAAAGUGCAGAGCAUCAUCCGGCGCUGCAAGCGGAGGAAACGGGAGGAGGACGGGGAGGAGGAAGAGGUCGGCGCGGAGGCGGGUCUGGGCCCGGGGGCGGGGGGCGGGGGCGUGAUGAGCCACCGCUCCCAGGGCGGGGCGCGGGCCGCCUGCGGCUGCAAGGCCAGCAGCUCCAGCCUGAUCGGGGGCAGCGGGGCGGGCUGGGAGGGCACGGCCCUGCUCCACCACGGCAGCUGCGUCAAGCUGGGCUGCCUGCAGUUCGUCUUCAGCGUGGCCGAGUUCGCCCGCAAGCAGCCCAAAGAGGAGGCCGCCCCCCCCGCGCCGACCGCCCUCGGCCACCAGGGGGCGACGGAGCCCGACGACAAGCAGACUCUCAAACUCUACGAAGUGCCGGCGCUGUGCUCCAGCUCUGUUCCAUAACCCCGCCCCCCCACUUCCUGUUCCAUAACCCCGCCCACCCUCCCCACUUCCUGUUCCAUAACCCCGCCCACCCUCCCCACUUCCUGUUCCAUAACCCUGCCCACCCUCCCAGCUUCCUGUUCCAUAACUCGCCCCCCAUUCUUCCUGUUCCAUAACCCCACCCCCCUCUUCCUGCUCUAUAACCCCCCCUCCCUCUUCCUGUUCUGUAACCCUGCCCCCCCCCCUUCCUGUUCCAUAACCCUGCCCCCCCUUCCUGUUCUAUAACCCCACCCCCUCCCCUCUUCCUGUUCCAUAACCGCACCCCCCCUCCCCUCUUCUUGUUCCAUAACCCCACCCCCCUCCCCUCUUCCUGUUUCAUAACAUCGCCCCCCCUCCCCACUUCCUGUUCCCAGGGCGACGGGAAGAAAAGAGGGAGAUUUUUAUUUAACUCUUCAUACUUUUUGCAUGAAAUGAAGUAUUUUUGAGGGCUCAAGUUUUACGGGGCCAUAAAAUCUUGCACAUAGGAUUUCUAUACAUUAUUAUUUUUAAAUGCAUAACCUAAGUUAUUUAGAUUUGCAUUAAAAAAGGGAUACUUUGAUUGUCCUCAUUCUAAAUUAAUGGGAAAAAAUUCUGUCAGUUUCCACUAAGAUUAAGUAAUCAAAAAUGUUCUAUUUUCUGCCAGUACAGAUAGUUUUUAUAAAAACAUACUUUUUUUCAUAAAAAUCGAUGUAUUCCUGGUUAUUUUUAUUUUAUGUACAUUACAUUGUAAUAUUCAUAUUUUUGUUGCUACUUUUGCACUACAGGUAGCUAUAUAUUCAUGUGUCUGUAUACAUGCAUAUAUACAUACAGUUGAGUAUGUAUAUUUGUGUAUAUAUAUAUAUAAAUGAUUCGGUGAUUUUGACUUUAAGCAGGAGAAACACUGGAUUCUUGUACAUACACCAUUGUGUUGGUUUUUAACGUGUACAGUACUUCAUAGGCUAAAGUCGUAACGUUAUGUAGCAUUGGAAAAAAAUUGUCGUAAAACGUGUCCCGAGUCCUGUCUGUCUGAUACUGUUGCUCCAGAUGUACAUAGUGACUAUAGUUUUAGCUUUCCUAUGAACAACUGUGUCUUCUGUAUAUAAACCAGCUUCUGUUUCUGCCUGUCCAUUAUAACCGUGUAAAUACAUAAAGAUUUUUUAAGAACCGGCGUAAA